GGCGAUAUCCAAGAACGCAUCGUAUUGGCUGCCAAGACUCAAGAGUGCUGCACCUUGGUCAGAUUCGCCAUAAGCGCUGACGAGUCCACGUGAUCAUGGCAUGUUGAGACAAGAUCAGAAAACUGCUCACGAAGCACCGCUUGGAAGCUUACAACUCACUUUGUCCGUCAUGGCAACAUAUCGGUUACCCGUGAGACCGAAGGGUGUUCCUUACCACACGCGGAUUCGCAUGUUGGAGCAAUGUGGGGCAUGUGGCUUUGACAUCCCAAGAGGCGAGCCAUGCGUCCCAGUUCUGUGGGAUAGCCACUCCUCGUGCUUUCUAAUCGAGUGCUCGAUCCCUUUCCCGCAUCGUUGUGUGACAUAUACAACACCUCGCGACUGGGCAGUCUUUGUUGAAAACCGUAACGACCCCGAUCCAAGAACUCUCAAGAGCAUCACUGUCCACGCCGAUUGCUUCAAUUUGUUUAUGAAAGAGAGCACAUUCAAAGACAAAAUCAGCCAGUUGUUUGCGCUAGCACACUGGACCCAGCCAUGGGCCGCAGUCUCUUCUCUCUAUCUCGAUCCCAGGACCAACGUUCAGAGAGGUAUCGCCCUCGCUGCUGAAACCUACAACAUUCCCCUACUAAAGUCUAUGCCCUUCGAAAUUGCUGACCUUAUCCGGAAUCACUCGAAGACAGACAUUAUCUGGCGAUUCGCCUCAGUCUUGGACCGAAUCGAGAGACUGUCUACACCUUCUCUCAACCAGCUGGACGAUAUUUCGCUGCACAAGAUUGGCAGUUGGGAACGAGAUACUAGUCCGACGAUCUUAGCCAAUCCUGCCAGAGGUUUUAUUCGCCUCACAAUCGAUUUCCAAGGCCUGAAGCGGAUUGAGCAACUGGAAGGACGACCUAAGCCCCACCCAAAAUCCUCCGACGCCCUAGCGUACGUCGUCGAAUCCGAAGAGUGUUUGAAGAACAUUACUGUUGAUUUCAAGGACGGGCUGGCACAUCUUAAUCUGCCCCCAGGUCCGACACAAGUAAAGAUCUGGGACAGGCCAUGUCCUCCCAAUCUCAUGGAGUGCCAUGGCUUCCAGAAAAUCUCCAAAGAAGUAUACGAUCUCCCGUUCAAGCUUAUGAACACAAUCGACCCACAGAAGUGCACCGGCAUCACCUUCUUUCUCAACGGCGGCCUAGUCGAUUUACAUGCGCAUACCAGCGCCAAGCCAAAUCCCCUCGAGACCUUCAAACGGAUGCGACUAUUUGCACAGAGAUACUGUACUUGGGCGUAUCUCCCUCUUCCUCGAGGUGAUACGAUCCAGGCUUUUGGGAAGCAGAGGCGCAGACACCCGAUUAUGGAGUACGAAGGGGUAUCUCGAUAUCUAUUCCGCACGACUCUUUGCGGCGAUAUCGGUAUUGGGCAAAGCCAUGCCGGAGAGAAGAGAGAUACGCUCCUUGGCACUGGACCUGACCUCACAUUGAUACACCACCCCUUUGUGGAUAUCCGAGAAGGCCACCUUUUCGGGACUUGCUCGGAUGUCCAGAGCCGACCUGAAUUUCGACCACACGAACCGCUCUCUGAAGCGCCUUUUGAACCUGGAUUUUACUCUUCAGUCCCAUUGGAUAAUGUCACCCGCGUGGAAGUUUUUGAGGACAAGUUGAACCAGUUUUGCAGAGGCAUCAUCUUCGAGUACGCCACCGGUGCUCAACGAGCCGUCGGGGAGUGUCGGUUUGGCCUUGAUCCUGUUGUUACAGUAACGGACCCCUCACACAUAUGCCUGACAACCUUCCAAGACAAUCGCGUUAAAGGGUCCCUGCCAUGGACGACAAUGAGAGUAAAAUUCUCCUCCUCGUCUACACACAGUCAUUGCAAUGAUGAGACAGAGUGGCAAUGUUUCAUCUUGAAAGGGACGCUAGAGUGUUGGUUCAACCGCUGCCAGGUAAAUAUUAAGGUCAUUACGGAUCAUGAUUGGUGCGAGGGGUAAGGAGGUGAAGACUUUAGCCUCUUUUCAACUCGGGGUCUUGCCUAGUAACGUUAUUACUUCAUAGUUUUGCCCCCUACAAGGGAAUUGAUUACUGCGCUUCCAGAGGGGUUAUAUGCACAGGGU